AUGACAGCAAAAGUCAACACAAAAAGUCAACACGAGUAUGGCCUCAUCCCUUUUCCUCUUGGUAGUGCCUUCCUUAUCAGAUUCCUGUUUCCUGAUGCUGUGCACUUACUUACUUCAAGGUUCACAGAGUGCUCAAAAAUCCAGAACGAAAUAAAAGACGCCCUUUCCCACUCUGAUGAUAGCUCUUGUCAGGGCAAGACUUGCUCUUGCAUUUCUCUGUCUCUGGGUUUAUUUGGAGUUCUAAUUUUUCUUGAAGCAUUUGAGAUCUUUUUAAUGUUUCUUAGAAUGCUGUAUGUUUUCUGGUUAUGUGGCUGUGGGCUGCUGGGCGUGGGCAUCUGGCUGUCGGUGUCACAAGGAAACUUCGCCACAUUUUCUCCCAGCUUUCCGUCGCUUUCAGCUGCCAACCUGGUCAUUGCCAUUGGCACAGUCAUCAUGGUGACCGGCUUUCUGGGCUGCCUAGGUGCUAUCAAGGAAAACAAGUGCCUCCUGUUGAGCUUUUUCAUCGUUUUGCUGAUAAUUCUCCUGGCAGAGCUGAUACUACUCAUUUUGUUCUUUGUUUAUAUGGACAAGGUCAGUGAGAGUGCAAAGAAGGAUUUGAAGGAAGGUAUGAAGCUAUACAAUUCAGAAAAUAAUGUUGGACUGAAGAAUGCAUGGAAUAUCAUUCAAGCAGAGAUGAAAUGCUGUGGUGUGAAUGACUUUACGGAUUGGUACCCAGUGCUGGGAGAAAACACUGUCCCAGACCGAUGUUGUACAGAAAACUCACAAGACUGUGGACGGAACUCCACCGAAUUAGUGUGGAAAACGGGAUGUUACGAGAGAGUUAUGACCUGGUUCGAUGAGAACAAGCAUGUCCUUGGCUCAGUUGGGAUGUGCAUGCUCAUAAUGCAGAUUCUUGGCAUGGCCUUCUCCAUGACACUCUUCCAGCAGAUUCACAGGACUGGCAAAAAAUAUGAUGCCUAAAGCCUCUGAAACAUUAUCACAUCAACCUUUCUGUUUCACCAUGAAAAUGAACAAAAGGAAUGACCGCAAAGUGUGUCGAGCCUAUAGGAAUCCGUCCCGUUGACCGAUCUACUCUGUUGUUCCUUGUCCAGUUAUUAUCAUAACUUGUUGUUUGACUCUGUUUUUUGUCAGUUUCACACUUGCCAUUUAUUUGCCAAAGAGGGGGGAAACCCCCCAAACAAAUGGAUUUUCUACACGAAAUCAUAGAUCUGCUCUAAGAAUGUUUCUUAACUGAAUAAAGCAUUUUGCUCUACUAAUCCAUGCUACAUGUGCAAAAAUUAAGUGUGGUCAACUUCAAGGGAGAAUUCUUCAAAGUCUUCCAUUAAGUUUUCAACCCUC